CAACUCCAACAUGGGAAAUCCCCAAGCACCACACAACCCCCGAUGCAAGACCAUGCGCGUAUCUCCCCCGCGCUGGUCGAGACCAUAGCAGGCCUCUCGGCGGGCACAAUAUCAACCCUCGCCGUCCAUCCGCUAGAUGUAAUCAAAACGCGUCUGCAAAGUAAAUAAUCUGUCCUACCCCUCAAUGUGCCCCUGCUAACCUAACCCAUGUACCAGUCCAACGCAAUACCUCCUCGUCUCCCGUCAGCGCAUAUGGGAUUCUAAAAAAGCUUUUGCAGAAUGAACGACCGGUACAAAGUCUGUAUAGGGGAUUGACGCCGAACUUAAUUGGGAAUGCGAGUUCUUGGGCUAUCUUCUUUUAUUUCAAGAGUGUAGUUGAAAGGAAGCUUUGGGAGUUUCAUAAUCGACCUUCCUCGUCUUCUACCAGCCCAGGCAAUACACCACUCAAAGGCAACCAAACUGGAAGGGAGACGGUAGGACUUUCGCCACUGGACUACUUCCUCGCCUCCGGAAUCUCAGGAACCAUCAUAACCCUCUCCACGAAUCCAAUAUGGGUCCUCAAAACGCGAAUGCUGAGCUCAGAUAAAGGCUCUGAAGGCGCUUAUCAAGGGGUUGUACAUGGCACGAGGCAUUUGUACAAAUCAGAGGGGUUAAGGGGGUUUUAUAGGGGUAUAGGUAUCAGUAUGGUGGGAAAUGUUCAUGGAGCUGUACAGUUCGCUGUUUAUGAACCACUAAAGAAUGGGUGGAAGAAAUUCAUCGCUAAAGACAAAGUAGGAGGAGGGGAAGAGGAGGAAAAGCUAGGAACUAGGGCGACAUUGAUUAUUAGUGGACUGGCGAAGAUCACUGCUGGGACGGUUACUUACCCGUAUCAAGUUAUACGAAGCAGGAUCCAAACCUAUCACGCGGAUGAGAAGUUUGGAAAGGGGAUUAGGGGUGUGGCGACUAAAGUUUGGCAGGAAGAGGGGUGGAGGGGGUUCUAUAAAGGUCUUGGGACGAAUGUUCUGAGGGUUUUGCCGUCUACUUGGGUGACGUUUUUGGUGUAUGAGAAUGUGCGAUAUUAUCUCCCAAGGUGGGAUGGAUAUCUGGAUAGAUAA